AUGGAUCCCGACGACCCAACUUCCGUUAUCUUCACAAAGAUCAGAACUUUAGAACCAGACAACGCUUCCAAAAUCAUUGGCUAUUUUCUGUUGCAAGACAUGGAACAGAGCGAUUUGAUUCGAAUUGCUUUUGGCCCUGACACUCUCAUACAGACUUUCUGUCGAAAAGCUAAAUCCGAUUUGGGUCUCUCCUCCAACGGUUUCUCUUCAAACCCUAUUUCGAGACCCAUCAAUAUCCGUCGUCAGCCAUUUUCUCAGUCAUCUCCAAGGAAUGGGUUUUAUGAGUUCGCGAGAAACCCUAACCCUCUGUCUUCUUCCUUCACUUCGGGAACUCUCAGCAGUAACCCUAACUUCGAUUCUAGCCCAUUUCGUGACGGUUCGUCGCUUUUCGCCUCUUCUUCCGGAGAUUUCGCCGACGAGCAACAACAACAACUGAGUAACCACUUCUCGCUCCUCAACAACGAGGAUCCAUUCGCUAAUUUUCACAAGCGGAGUUACUCUGCUAACGAUGCUUUUCUCGAAUCAGACGAGCAGUGGCUUGGUGGAGCCGGUUAUCGGUUUCCACAGGGCGGUUUAGUUGAUGAUUUCAGUUCCUCUAGUGGUUUUGUGUCGCCGAGUGAGAUGGAUUACGUCUUUUUACAGAGAGAAGAGAUGAUGAUGAUGAAAUUAGCUCGGCAACAGAGAAUUGCUGCUGCUCAAUUCCUCCUCCAAAGGCGGAAUUUGCAAAGACAAGGAUCAGGACAGUUUGGAGAAGAAGGUGGCUAUUAUUAUAGUCAAAGCAGGCAUGAAAGAGAUGAAUCUGUCUCUAGACAGAUUUACUUGACAUUUCCAUCUGAGAGCACCUUCACCGAUGCAGACGUGUCCCAUUAUUUCAGCAAUUUUGGAACUGUGGAAGAUGUGAGGAUUCCAUAUCAGCAGCAACGGAUGUAUGGGUUUGUUACUUUCGCUAAUGCUGAAUCUGUGAGAAUCAUAUUGGCUCGAGGCAACCCUCAUUUCAUCUGUGACUCGCGUGUGCUCGUUAAACCAUACAAGGAGAAAGGAAAAAUCCUUCAAAGCAAGAGGCAACAUCAGCAACUGCAACAGCUGAUAGAGAGAGGGGACUAUUCUCCUUCUUUAAGUCCUUCUGCAAUGGACUCAAGGGAACUAUAUGACUGUCGCUUGGGACCAAGGAUGUUUUCAAGCCACACACAGGAGAUGCUGAGAAGAAAAGCUGAGCAGCAGGCUGAUUUACAACAAGCUAUAAUCGAAGUAGAACUCCAGAGAAGAAGGUUCUUGAAUCUGCAGUUGCCUGACAUGGAGAGUGAUGAGUCUAUUCACCAUCACCAGCGUAGUCUUUCUAUUGGCUCCCCUCCUCAUUUCCCGCCUCGGUUCAAUCAUAGUCUGCUCUUUCAAUCAGAAAACAAUGCUGAAGAAAUCACGGAAGGUGAUAGGGAUACAAGUGAGAAACAUCUUCAGCUAGGAGCAAACAGUAGCGAAGAAUGUGGUUACAGUAACGAUUUUUACAAAAGGCAAGAGACGAGUCUGGAGAAUAGUCUUCCUGAGAGCUUGUUUGGUUCCCCCAAAAAGUCUGACGAAGCCCGCCAAACCGAGUCUGAUACCGAGCAAAGUAAGGAAGCCGCACCAGAUCAAUCAGCCUAG